AUGUUUGGUUGUGAAGCCAGAGUUGGCCUGAUUUCUUCACCUCUACCCACAGAAGUUGUCUCAAGGUUGGAGAGUGAGGAUGCUCUUAUGACAGUUAUGUCAGGAGAUGAUACAACAACAUGCUCUGCUGCAAGUUCUACAGGUUCAAUGACCACUUGUGAAGCGACUACAAGUGACAAUAAUGAUUUAUGGACCACUGAAGUGACAGAGGCACUUUCUGUUGAUGCCAUUGUUCAAAUUCCUCAGAUACUUCAAGAUCACCAAGACCGAAUUCAGAAACAUAGAGUGGAAGCAUACAGAGGGCAGGUAUCCCAAGCUGAGAGAAUGGUCAAACGUAGUCGCUUAGACUUUAAAGUUGGUGAACCUGGUGACAAUGUUGUUGUCCCAAUUCCAGCUGUGGAUCGUGGUAGAGGAGAUCCACGGAAUAUCCUGGGUUUUAUUGUCAGCAGAGAUUUGGACAGUGACCAGUAUAAGGUCGAUGUGAAGUCGGGUGUUCUAAAGGAACAGUUUCGGGGUGAAGAGCCAUAA